AUAUAUAUAUAUUUUUUUUUAAAUCUCGCUAUUAAUUUGAAGUAUAUGUAGUUAGUAUACGCACUUUAGUCCAUGUUUACACUUUGGAGACGGUUGAGCGGGUUAAGUAUUUGCUUUGAUCUUGAGCCGAGCAGGCUAAAAUGGCGUUUUAAAGCGAUGAUGCGGCGACACUAAUGCGGCGGCAUGCACCAGGCAAAACAAACAGAUCUGCGCAAUUCCAUCUUCACAACUGCCAAGCAGUUGGGCUCCAGUACCGUUCGCGGUAUAGCGGUGAGCCAGCCGAUACCCCUGCUCCUCGACCGGAGGAAGCUAGCGCUAGCGGGUUAGCCUGAUUCGCUCCUGGAACGGUUUUAUAUCUGUUUUGCACGUCAUCAAAUAACUUCUCACAAUGAAGCCUCAAGACAUCCUAACCGGUAAGAGCAGCCUGUGGAUCUUCGGCUACGGUUCCCUGGUGUGGAAACCCGACUUCAAGUACAAGCGCAGCCACGUCGGCUUCAUCCGCGGCUACAAGCGGCGCUUCUGGCACGGAGACACCUUCCACCGCGGAAGUGACGAAAUGCCUGGAAGAGUGGUGACUCUCCUGGAGGAGGAUGACGAGUGCACCUGGGGCGUGGCCUUCGAGGUGACCGGCUCCCAGAUGGAGGAGUCCCUGGCCUACCUGAACAUCCGCGAAGCAGUACGAGGAGGCUACGGCACCCGUAUGGUCGACUUCAUCCCGCGUGACGAAGACCAGCCCUCGGUCCAGGCUCUGGUUUACAUCGCUACAGAAGACAACCCGAACUACCUGGGUCCUGCGAGUACGGAGGAGAUCGCGGCUCAGAUCGCUGUGUGCAAGGGGAAGACUGGCUACAACGUCGAGUACCUGCUCCGCCUGGCCGAGUUCAUGAGGCAGAGCUGCCCCGGGGUCGACGACUCUCACCUGUUCUCCAUCGAGAAGGCCUGCCUCUCUGUCUUCACGCCUUUACUCUUAGCGGCCCAAAAGUGCACACCCUCUUUAAACUAAAAACACUACCUGUAAACACUACCUCUAAACCCGGUCCUCAUUCUCAUGCGUUUUAACCUUGCUCGUGUACGAUGCUGUUUUAUGCACACCCACUUCAUAACAUUCUGUUUCUAUUUUGCACUCCGAACCUGACAGCCAGUCGGUUCAUGCUGUACGUUCACUCGUGUCCUUGAAUAAAGGUGCUUAAACGCAAA